AUGUAUACUGUGAGGCGCCAGGCGGAAGAGAAGUGCCGGGCCUUAGCUCCAGGUAAAGUUCCCUGGUCACCAAAAAUGCAGGGAUUCUGGGAUCGUAUGAGCCUGUGGAAGCUUCUGUUGAAAGGCAAGAAGGGUUGCCGUGUGAGUUCGCGCAAAGCUCGCCGGUUGAUGAAGAAGACAGAGUUGCCACAAGCUUGGAGGAAGUCAGAGGUCGAUCUGGAGGACUGCCUGAAGCAAGAGCGCUCCUUGUACAAGCAGGCCAAACACACCUACGCAGCUCGAUGGAGGAAAGACUUCUUGACAGUCCAAACCAAGGACGCAAAGAAGCAGCAGUGGAAGUCUCGGAAGGCCCGUGAUAGAUUCUUUUGGUUACGACAAAUGAAGCAAAGAGAGGAGGCAAGACACCCUCGUCGCGCCCAGAGCAAAGGAUCUUCAGGGGGCCUUCAGGCUAUUCAAAUUGAAGAACACUUACCAGAUGGCACUACAAGUCUCCGGACCAUCACUGACCGCCGCCUUGUAGAAGAUGGGUGCAUGCAAGAAAACACGGCACGCUAUGAUCAAACACGAGCGCCGUAUACCACUCCACCUAUGGCCGAACCGUUAUACAGCGAAUAUACCGGUGACAACGCUGAAGUAAAUUCCCUGGCAUUGUUAGAAGGCCAUUACACAUUACCUGAUCUGUUGGACCCAGCUACGGCUUCUUUCUUAUCUCACUGCCGGUUUCACAAAGGGCACUCUCCAGUCCACUUGCAAGUCUCCAAGGACGAUCACGUGUACUUCUGGUCGCGGAACCCUGAGAAUAAAGGAUCCGAACCUCAUGGACUACAUAAUGAACACUUUAAGGCGGCUAUCCAGUCUCCAUCUAUAGCGCAUUGUGAUGCCCUCUUCUGGAACAUUCCUCUCACCACAGGCUUUGUUCCUCUUCAAUGGCAGAAACUGAUGAACUUUGCCAUUGAAAAGAAGCCUGGAGACUUCCGCCUAUCUAAAAUGCGCACCAUCUAG